GGAGAAGGAGAUAGAUUGCCUUGCAGGAACGUUGCACGAGUCCUUGGCGCAAUCCUUGAGGGGAACAUACAGCAUGGAAAACUUUGCUUACGGAUCGACGCCAUACUCGUCCUGGAGGCAGCUCUUCGUGCACCCAGUGGUGCAGGACAGUGUGGUCGACGCUUUGAAAGACGAUAAAGAGUACAUCGUCUGGGGAAGCUCCCUUGGCUGGCUCGCAUUCUAUGGGAACCUUACUUACGGCUUGCGAACCGCCGGAUACGAGCUGCUGGAAUCGAGGGUCAGGAUUGCCAAAGCGCUGACCAAUAAGCACAAGAUGAGAGGGAUCGAGUUCUUGACUUUGGACCUUCUCGAGUCCGAUCUUUCGAAAGCGGCCAUCGUGAUGUUGACUUCCCAAUGCUGGGACGACAGUCUGCAUCGCCAGGCGGCCGAGAAACUAAGAAGAGAACUUCCCGUGGGCGCCAUGGUCAUCGACUAUAAGCGGACGCUAGGAGAGAUCGGUACGUUCGCAGAGCCUUUGCUGGAGUGCCAUCUUCCUGUGUCAUGGAAAGCCCAUCAGUCGUUCUUCGGGAAUGAGCAGCAGCCAUAUGUAGAGGUUGUGGUGAAGGCAGAAGGUGAACAGCCUUCUUCCUCCACUACUCCCCCUCCACCUCUGACUGCUACUCAGCAGCUGAAGAAGGGGCCAGAAGAACAACUAAAGCUGCAACAGGCCAGAGUAGCUGAAUUGGCACGGCAGGAGGCUGCUGAGUUAGAGGCUGCAACAGAUCACUCCAGGAGAGAGUAUCUGUUGCAGCAGCUAGACAAGUCUCUCGCUGAUGAUCGGUGCUCCCAGGUCACCAAGCACAUGGCUGAGAUGAUCCUGUUGGAGCACAAGAUCACCAGCUCCCAGUUUACAAACUGGGAUGAUCGUUUUGUGCGGAUGAAGCGUCGGGUUGACGAGCUGUCAGCUCAGCAGUCCAAGAUCCUGGACUCUAUCCAGGGCUUGUCUGCUCAGCUGGCAGCCGCCAAGCUGAUUACUCCUCAGCUCCCUCUGCUGAAACCCAAAACCUCUCCUCCUCCUUCACCACCUCCUUCAUCUCCUACAUCCCAUGGGGGAUCUGUACACUCUUCCCGGUCAUCUACUCCUUCCCAAAAGGCCUCAGCAAAGGCCACCUAUGCUGCUGUGACUGCAGCAGACAGAGGUCCCAAAAUCUCUGUUCCCAACAAGUUCAGGGGCGAUGACCCCAAGACUGAUGUUGGGGACUGGGCUGCUGGGACCAGAGCCUACUUGAGGGGCUUUGUCUGUGCAGAACAGACCAAGGUGGCAACUGUUCUGGGACUGCUAGAAGGGCCCGCACUAAAGUGGGCCACCUCAACUUAUAGCAGCCUGCAACAGUCCAUGGAGGACUGGGCCUUUGGGUUGGGGGUAGAUAGACUUCUGCAGGCCCUGGAGGACCGGUUUGCAGACAAGGAGCGUGCCCGCAAGGCUGCUGACAGGAUUGCUCGCUUGGGACAGCAGCGGUACAGCGGCACCCUACAGGCCUUGUUUGCUGAGCUCGAGCAGCUCACCUCCACCCCUGGACUGGUCAUGGCACCUGAUGAUAUGCUGACCAGUUUUUGCAUGGCAGCGCCUGAGAAGUUUGUUGUUGCACAUUACAGCGCUGGGUAUAAGGACUGGAGGUCCUUUGGUCGUGCAGCCUUGGAAAUGGAGGCUAAGCUCCAUGUGCAGGCCCCAACCUCUGACAGGAGGAAGGGUGCCUUCCCUAGAGGCAACAGAAGGGGAAAGGCAACCCUUACUCAUGUGGGAUCUGCCUCAGGAUCAGAUACCGAUUCACAGCCUGAUGUGCCUUCAGGUGGGACCGGAUCUGCUGCUGAGACAGAUGUUGCAGCAGUAGUGACUCAGGCUGUGUUGGGAGCUCUGCAAGCGCAGAAAAAACCCAGCAUAUUUGAAUUCGGUGCACCUGUUCUCUUUGUGCCCAAAGGGAACGGUGAGUUUAGAAUGUGCAUUGACUACAGGGGUCUCAAUAAGAUCACUAGGAAGAGUACUGAGCCACUUCCUAGGAUCGAUGACCUCCUGGAUAUGGUGCAGGGCUGCACAGUAUUCAGCAAAGUCGACCUCCAGUCUGGCUAUCACCAGAUUGAGAUGGCGGAGGAGGAUGUCUACAAGACAGCCUUCAAGACCGAGUAUGGGACUUACGAGUUUUUGGUCAUGCCAUUUGGACUUUGCAAUGCCCCAGGCACAUUCCAGACAGAGAUGCACCACAUCUUCAGGCCUUACCUGGACAAGUUUAUGGUUGUCUACCUGGAUGACAUCCUGGUAUUCAGCAAAACUGCCAGGGAACAUGCGGAGCACUUGGCUCUAGUUCUUCAGUCGUUACGUGACAACCAGUAUAAGAUCAACAGAGAGAAGUCCUCUUUUGGAGUUCCCUCUGUCAUCUAUCUGGGUCAUGUAAUCUCUGGAGAUGGCCUGGCUCCUGAAGCAGCCAAGAUUGCUGCUACUCAGGAGUGGCCUCAGCCUCAGACGGUGAGGGAUGUCCGGUCCUUCAUGGGUUUGGCCUCCUACUGCAGAAAGUUUGUCAGGAACUUUUUUGCAGUGGUUGCACCCCUGACUAACGACGAGACUUUCGGACCCAUUGUCAGGAAUCUGCAAGCAGAUCCUAACUCUGAACCAGGCUAUGCGCUGAGUUCAGACCUGCUGUAUACUUACAGCAGAGGUGAGGAGCGCUUGUGCAUUCGUCAGGACCAACGGCUUAGGACACUGCUCAUGUCAGAGUGUCAUGAUGCCCGUGGACAUUUCGGGUUCCUAAAGUCUUAUGCAGCCCUGUCGCAGCGCUUCUUCUGGAAGGAGAUGCGGAGUGAUAUGCUGCGUUAUGUGGACACCUGUGAGCUUUGCCAAAGGAACAAGGUUCAACGUAAACCUCCUUUGGGACUGCUCAAACCUUUACCCAUACCUCAUGGCCCUGCCCAAUCUGUGUCGAUAGACUUCACAGAUUUAGGCAAGACCACCCCUCGGGGCAUGCGUCACGUUAUGGUCUGCGUGGACAGGUUCUCCAAAUACGCAGAGUUCAUCCCCUUGUCAGAGGUAGCUCGAAUACCGGCUGUGAGAGCAGCCUUCUCUGAGAGGUGGGUCACGCACCAUGGACCGCCCACCUCCAUCGUCAGUGAUCGGGACCCCAGAUUUUGCAGCGAUGAGUGGCAGUCCUACUGCAAGGACUAUAUGCGCUCACGUCUGGACAUGACCUCUGGCCAUCAUCCUGAAGCCAAUGGGUUGGCUGAGGUGAUGAACCAAGUCUUAUUCCAGCUGCUGCGUCCUGUCAUCUCUCCAGAUCAACAGGACUGGGACCUUCACUUAGCGAGGGCACAGAUCAUGUAUAACAUGUUUGUCCACUCCUCGACAGGGUUCAGUCCCUACCUAUUACACUGGGGACGUGAACCACGCCAGCCUCUCGAUGAUAUCAUCGACAAGGCUAAGCUUGAUCUGACGCCAGGCACUGCAGAGUUGGCCAGACGCUAUCGUCUGGAUGUGGAAAGAGUCCGCGCGAACUUGUUCAAGGCCCAAAAGGCCAUGAUUGAACAAGCCAAUCCCCACAGGCGGCCUUCCCCCAUCCGUACUGGUGAUCAUGUCUGGGUGGCCAAUUCUGAGUUGUCGAGGGAGGAGGAUAUCUCUCCCAAGCUGUUGCCACGUUACCUGGGUCCAUGGCAGGUCCUAGAUACAGUGGGCGCUGACCCCUUCGGUCCGUCGUAUGUCAUCGACGUCCCGCUGCAUCUACGCACCUACCCGGUCUUCCAUGCAUCCAAGCUGCUGCCUUUCACGCCAGCUGAUGCAUUCCCAGACCGGCCCCCUCAAUGGGGCCCACCAAUCCCUGGCAAGGGAUAUGAUGUGGUGGCCAUUGAGGAUGAGUGGGGCACUGGCCCCGACCGGCAGUAUCUUGUCAGGUUCGCUUUCCAGCCCCCUUCUGAGAACCGGUGGUUCUACAGAAGAGACCUGAUCAAGACAGCUAAGUCUGUUGUAUUGCGCUAUGAGGCGGCUUAGAAGGGUGACCUUCGUCGUUCACCUCGUCUGCACCCCUAGCUCGGAGGUCCUCGCACCCGGGGAGGGUAAGCCUGCAAUGAC